UUUCUUGGUUCGUAUUUUCCAAACGAAGGAUGAAAGUUGAGAAAGAGAUUUCGCGAAUCUAGAAAUUCGUUUCUAAUAUAUGAAAUCGCUUUUUGGCUGUAUCAUAUCCGUGGAAUGUCAACAAACUAAUUGUGAUCAACAUCCUUGUAAUACUCGUAAUAUCAUUCCCAUAUCAAUGGUGAAACAGUGAACACCGAGUGCCAGAGCCUAAGUGUCGUUCAACUUUUGUUGAGAAUUUGUUCAUAGCAAAAUACAAUGGUUUCGAGAAUGGAAAAUGGCGUGGGUUACGCGAGUCUCACCAAUUUCUUAUCAGAAAUCGACGAACUUCUCGCUGCCAGUAGAGCUCUGCGUGAAGACGUUGACAGGUCACACCAAGUCAUAGAUGAGACUACUCCUGAAGAGGAUCAAAUUUCAGAACAGGGAGGACAUUGCGCACGAAUCCCUCUCAGAGAUAUAACGUUUCUCUACCAGGACAACAACGUACACCUUCAGCCCGGUCAUGAUCAGUCGAGUGUCCGUGGAACCAGAAAUGCUGAUGUAAGACCCAUUCCACAGACACGUCCUAGGCGGCUUCGUCCUCGAAAGUGUCUCUACUUUCCUCGUCUCUAACUUUUGCGAAACUUGGAAAUACUUGAUAAAUGAGAAUAGGUUUCGAUCGACUGUCAACAUAUCAUACGAAUUAACUUCAAACUAAAAAAAAAUUAGACCAGUGCUAUUUUCUUUCCCCAUUUAUCGCACAGUAUACUAAUAAUAAUU